ACCACAGGACAUAGAAAAUCAUCAAACCUUCCCUGUCACACUUCAUUAAACAACAUUUAUCUGAAGAUGUCCACUCCGCUGCUUCUCAGGGCUUUCGUUAACGAGCGGCUGACAGCUGCUGCCGAGGAGAUAUUUGAUGUUUUUGAGCGGACCAUCGCAAAAUAUGAAGAGGAAGCUUGCAGUUCUCAGCAGGAGAUUGAGCGUCUCAGAGGGAUGCUGCUGGAUUUAGUUUCCAACCAGAAAACAGACAUCUCUCAGUCGUCGGUUUGUAAAGAGGAAACUCACCCUGAGCAGCAGCACUAUCAGCAGGAGUCGAGUCUCAGCGUCGCUCAGAGGGAACCAGAACCCCAACACGUUAAAGAGGAAGAUGAGGAACUCUGGGCCAAUCAGCAACAAGAAGAGCAGGUUCAGGAGUUUAAAGAUGCAGAUGUCCUAUACCUACCUCAUCCCUCUUCAUCAUGGAGACAAAAUGAGCAAAAAGACACGAAACCUCAGACUCAGAUCAGUGAAAGUGGGGAGCAGUUUGAGGAGUUGCAGGAAACAGAAGAUGCACAUUUAAUGCUACCUCUGCCCUCGCUGCUUCCCAUCCAAAAUGAAAGUGUCCAGGAUGGAAGAGAAAGGCUAAACCAAACACAGACAGAACAAAGUCAGAGUUGUGUUAUCUCUGAUUUAUCUCAUUUAAACUCCGCUGCACCCAGCUAUCACUGUUAUUUAUGUGACAAAUCUUUCUCCUCCAAUCCUCACUUGAUAAAUCACGCUUUCCGCAUGCAUUCAAAGGACGCAGGUGUCCUCUGCGCUGUGUGUGGAAAGACCUUCGGGUCCACCGAAAGUCUUAGCGAGCACCUUAAAUCGCACAAGGGCUCAAAAUGUUGUCACGUGUGCGGUAAACAGUGCAACAGUACGACCGUUCUGACUGAGCACAUGGCCAGCCACGCAGGGGUGAAACUGCACCGCUGCCACGUUUGCGGGAAAGAGUGCAGCCGGAAAGGGGAUCUUAAGAUACACAUGAGGAUCCACACGGGUGAGAAACCUUUCCGCUGCUCUCACUGCCUUAAAAGUUUCACCCACAGCGGACAUCUGAAGAAGCAUAUGCGGAGCCACACAGGAGAGAGACCGCACCAGUGUGAAGUCUGCGGCAGAGGGUUUCUACAGAAGGAACACCUGAAAUACCACUUACGGACUCACGCUCGCAAAUUUUGACUGUUUUUUGAAAUACACAUAUAUUAAAUUUACACAUUUUUUUAAGCCUUUGUUAUAGCAACCGUGGAGAGAGUAGACAGGAAAUGAAGGGGAGAGAGAGAGAUGGGGUGGUGACAUACAACAAAGAUCUACUGUUAUUAUCAAACUGCGGAGUGCCAUAGACAUACUGACUGUUUUAUCCACCUGAUGUACUGCACCUGUUCAUCCUCACUGUUAACAUAACCUGUGUUGUGGUUGAAACUCAGCAGCAACUAACAGGAAUGUGCUUUUUUCCCCCAGUGGAGUCACAAUUCUGAGUAGUAACACUCACUACAUAAAGAGUUUCACAUAACACAAUUUAAAUGAUGUUAAAUCUGUGUGUUUUGUUUAAUGGUUUAGCUCCACCUAUGAUUUAAUCACACGCUCAUAACUGAUCAUUAAAACACUUUACGGA